AUGGCUCCCUCCACCUACUUUCUCCUGGCUUCGCUUCUAGCAUUGGCCACUUCUCAGGCCACUGCUUCAGACCCUAGCCCGCUCCAGGACUUCUGUGUUGCCGACAUACACUCUCCAGUGAAGGUGAAUGGAUUUGUUUGCAAGGACCCCAUGGCCGUGAACGCAGAUGACUUCUUCAAGGCAGCAAACCUUGACAAGCCUAGGGACACAAUGAAAAGCAAGGUCGGAUCCAAUGUCACUUUGAUCAAUGUCAUGCAGUUGCCUGGACUCAACACCCUGGGCAUCUCGUUGGCUCGCAUUGACUACGCACCAUUAGGUCAAAAUCCACCACACACCCACCCACGUGCCACAGAGAUUCUCACCGUGCUUGAGGGUACACUCUAUGUUGGAUUUGUCACCUCCAACACAGACAACGGCAACAAGCUAUUCGCCAAGGUUCUCAACAAGGGUGACGUGUUUGUAUUCCCCCAAGGGCUCAUCCACUUCCAAUUCAAUCCGGUCCAUGACAAGCCAGCUGUCGCGAUCGCUGCACUAAGCAGCCAGAACCCUGGGGCUAUUACUAUUGCCAACGCAGUCUUUGGAUCAAAGCCACCGAUCUCAGAUGAUGUCUUGGCCAAGGCUUUCCAGGUGCAAAAGGAACAAUUGAUUGGCUCCAAGCUCAAUUCUGGGAGAACAACCACUACUAAAAUUACUUUUAAAAGGAUAAUAAGCAUGACCCUUCCACCCAAAAACACAAAUGAAAAGAAAGAAUACGCGUUCCAAAGAGAUCCCAUUGGAUUUGCUAGUGUAAUGCGUGUGAAAAUACAUAUUAAAACCAAGUUGCCUGGACUCAACACCCUGGGCAUCUCAUUGGCUCGCAUUGACUACGCACCAUUAGGUCAGAAUCCGCCACACACCCACCCACGUGCCAUAGAGAUUCUCACCGUACUGGAGGGUACACUCUAUGUUGGAUUUGUCACCUCCAACACAGACAACGGUAACAAGCUAUUCACCAAGGUUCUCAACAAGGGUGAAGUGUUUGUGUUCCCCCAAGGGCUCAUACCCUUCCAAUUCAACCCAAUCCAUGACAAGCCGGCUGUAGCAAUCGCUGCACUAAGCAGCCAGAACCCUGGGGCUAUUACUAUUGCCAACGCAGUCCUUGGAUCAAAACCACCGAUCUCAGAUGAUGUCUUGGCCAAGGCUUUCCAGGUGCAAAAGGGAAAAAUUGAUUGGCUCCAAGCACAAUUCUGGGAGAACAACCACUACUAA